GAAAUACACAGAAGAGGAUCAGCAGUUCUAGCAAAUCUCCCUGCAAUCACCGCCUGACAUGCACUUCUGGACAGCAUUACUACUUGGCAUGAUAAUCACAAUGAGCCAGGCUUUGAACAAGAUCAAGUUGAAGAGGAUGCCUUCUAUUCGUGAAACAUUGCGAAGUUUGGGUGUGACCCCUUCACAAAUCUUUGCAGAAAUAAUGAAGAAAGAAGGACGUCUAGAAUUUGGGAAUGGAACCGCUCCUACUCCUCUCACCAAUUAUCUGGAUACCCAGUAUUUUGGAGAGAUCAGCAUUGGGUCACCACCGCAGAUGUUUAACGUGGUGUUCGACACCGGGUCAGCCAACCUCUGGAUCCCAUCUGCCAGCUGCUCACCUCUGUACACCGCCUGCUUCUCUCAUAGCAGAUAUGAUUCUUCUCAGUCUCAGACGUAUAUUAAAAAUGGAACAGGCUUUUCUAUUCAGUAUGGAUCAGGAAACGUGAGGGGAUUCCUUAGUGAAGAUCUUGUCAUGGUUGGAGGUAUCCCUGUGAUCCAGGUAUUUGCAGAAGCAACAGCAGUACCAGCUCUGCCAUUCAUCUUUGCCAAAUUUGAUGGUGUGCUAGGAAUGGGCUAUCCUAACAUAGCCAUCGAUGGCAUCACUCCUGUCUUUGACCAGAUUCUUUCCCAGCAUAUUCUGAAGGAGGAGGUCUUCUCAGUCUAUUACAGUCGAGAUCCCCAUAAUAUGCCUGGUGGAGAGAUUGUGCUUGGUGGAACAGACCCCAGUUAUUACCAUGGAGAAUUUAACUACCUCUCUACCAGCAAGACAGGAAAAUGGGAGAUUGAGUUAAAGGGGGUCUCAGUGGGAGGAGAGACGCUCUUCUGUAAAGAUGGCUGCACUGCUGUAAUCGACACUGGCUCGUCCUACAUCAUAGGCCCUGCUGCUUCAGUAACACAGCUGAUGAAGGCAGUUGGAGCAACUGAACUGGCAGAAGGAGAGUAUACAGUAAACUGUGACAAAGUUGAAGCUAUGCCAAGCAUCUCAUUCAAGUUUGGUGGCACUGAGUAUUUACUGACUGGUGAAGACUACAUCCACUGGGAAUCCAAGUUUGGGGAAGAUCUAUGCGUUGUGACUUUUUCAGGUCUGGACAUUCCACCACCUGUUGGUCCAGUAUGGGUCCUCGGUGCCAGCUUCAUCAGUCGCUAUUACACAGAAUUUGAUCGUCGCAACAACCGGAUUGGCUUUGCUCGUGCUGUCUGAGCUAUCUCUUAGCCACAUUUGAGCAAAUAAUCUCCAUUCUGCAUCUUCUAAAAUAUCACUUGUCCAAUGUGCACAUUUGUUUAUGAAUGUUUAUACAGUGAUGCCUCAUUUAAGUUAUUUUCCACUCACUUAUGUGAAGCAGUUGGAUUAAUAAUGAUUUGUACACAUUAGUCUGCAUUCAAGUACAGUAUGAUACUUCUCACUGUGACAAAACAAUGGUGAUGUGAUGAUAUAAAAACUAACAAAUAAACAAACCUGUCACCUUGUAAUAGUGUUAAGCAAAACAAAUUUCCUUCAAUAGUACCCAACAGUGGUUUGCAAGUAUAAAAUAGUUUGAAUGUUUGCAUUUUUUGAAGCCUUUUCUGGAUUAGGGAUUGCUCAGGGUCGCUCAUUGAGCCAGUAGUGGGAACAGAACGUGUGACCAAAUAUUAAGCCAUAAGGGUGCAAUGCUGUCUACCAAGCCUGUGCUUGAUGUGGAUUCUUCAUUAGCUCUUAAUUAGCCUUUUUGAUUUCCACAAUUUUAACCUUGAUCUGUAAAAAUGAACUUACUGUAUAAGAUAUAUUGAAAUAAAAUUCCAAUCUGACCAUC